AUGGAUUUUAGAAAAUUUUAAAUUACCAUCCUGAGACUGGUCGAUAUCUUUGGCACUCCUUAUUUGCAUUCUAUCAAAUUCAAUUAAAAAAUCUAAAAAUCAAUUCUAGGAGGAAUAACCUCAAUAUUUGUUUUGGUGAUCAGCUUAGCCUAUUUCAUCUAUGUUAUUGAUUAAUGGAUUACAUUCUAAAUUUUACCCAAAACCAAUAACUCCAUGAAGGUAGAGCAAUAUUCUGAUAUUCAUUUACAAGAUGAAAAUCCCAUCAUCCAAUUAAGCUAUGGUAAGUAUUCAGAGCAAAAAUUGGAUCCUUUUGAUACUUAGAAUAAUAUAUUAAUGCCGAUUGGGAUAUAUUUCAUAGAUGGCAAACCAUAGAAGCCGUUUUCGUUAUUGAACAACAAAUAAAAAUCUGAUGUAUAUCCCAAUAAAUUGUUACCCAGUCUUAACACACUAACCCUUGUGUAAAAUGGAAAUGCUGAUUAAGAUUUCCAAAAAACCACUGAGCUUGUUAUUAUGAUUACUAAAUGCCAUCAAGAAUAUUUAGCAGACGGUGAAAAAUGUGCAACUGAUUAAUAAAUAGAUGAAUUCUUUGCAACAAGUGUUACUUAUUUAGAUUUUUGGAUCAAUCUGAAAUAAUUUAAUUUCCAAACCUAAAAAUUUGAAGUAGUGAGAAAGCAAUAUUAUUUCUGGUUUGAAUCUAAAUCAGCUUAAUUAAGUUAGAUCAUGAUUAAAAAGGCAUAUUUACAUGUGGAUAAGGGCAUAUUGUUUAAUAGUUAUAGUGAUUACAAUUACAUUUAGGAUACUUAGAUAAUGAUGUCUACAACAAAAACCCAACUCUGGUCUCCUUUAGUCUCUGGGGAAACUUAUUUAAGCUUGAUAUUUCGAUUAGAUCCAGUCUCAAUUGAUAUCUAACUUGUAUACCCAAAACUAGGUGAAAUCUUGGCUACAGUUGGUUCAAUCGUAAAUUUGCUGAUGGUGGUUAAAUAUGGUGCUUAAUACUACAACGAAUCAUUAUUAGAAAACAAAUUGACAGAUAAAAUAAUUAAAUAUUAUUAUUCUGAUUUUGAAGACCUCAAGACUUCAUAAGAUAAUCAGACUAAGAUUUAUUAUAAUUAACUAAAAAAACAGGCGAAAAAAAAGUUAAUUUUCCAUAACAUUCUAUAUGAAUUAUCUAGGAUUCAACUGUUUUUAUUCAAUCAAUUUGGGCGUACAUUGAUAGAAAAUUCUCAUUAAUUAAAAUUUAGAUUUUAAGAUUUUAAAGUAGAUUUUGAGGGUGAUGUAUUUACUGCAAAGUAGUAAUAGACAUAAUUAAAUCUCAUAGCUCAUGAAAGUACUUCUAACUUCAUGAUCAUAAGUAUUCCAGAUAAAGAUAGGACCAAACUCUAAAGAGGGGACAAAGUGCAUCCAGAAAUUAGAAGUAGUAUAGAAUAGCAAUCUUUUAGAGAGGACAAGUGA